UGUUCACCUUUUUCCUUCUUUUAUGCCAAAACCUACGUUUUAGACUAUAGAUGUAUUUGCUUAUGGUUAAAUGUAGAGAUAAAAGUUUCUUGCUUUCGUCUUCUCGAGCUGUGUCAUCUGUUUGGUUGUCGAGAAAACUGAUUGGAAAGAGGCGAAUAAUUGGAAUCUCAUUACUACCCACCAUUCUAAAGCCACCAUCUAUUGUAAAAUUCCACUUGUAGUCCAAGUUCCCACCCCUUCCUUUUUUAUUCAUUUUCUCAGCAACCAAACGCAUUCUUUCAGUUUUUCUUUUUUAUUUUUUCAAUAAUUUCCUUUACGUCGGUCUGACAUGCAACAUUUUCAGAUCUGUCUGUUUUCGUUUGUCUUUAUUUUGUAUUUUGAAAUGGAGGUCUGUUUUUCCAUACCACCACAAGCUGAAAGAAAAAUCUUUUAAAAUUGGUUUGUCUUGUAUUAUAAGAACACGCGCGUGGCGGCGCGUGUGUGGGAUGUCACUCCUACUGGUUAAUCCAUUUAUUUAUUUUUGGCCGGAUUCUGGUUUGAAGACAUUCCACUGUCACUGUUUUCACGCUUCUGCUUGUACACUCCUUUGUGGCUCCACGCUUGUUAGUAAAAGCUUGAUUGAAAUGACGCAAUUGCCCUUGCAAAGUCACCACUUGCAAUUUGGGAGAAAUUGUAUUGAGCCUCCGAAAGUUAAACUGGCAGUGCUACAUGUUUUGGGUUCUUUUUCAUAUGUAUAUUCAUUCCAUAGUAGAGAUGUAUUUAAUCAUUGCAUUGUAUUAUAACACAGAUAGACACUCUUAUCACUAUACCAUUUGAUCAUUGCAUUGCUUAUACAUAAUCUUUUAUUAAUUAUGUAGAGAUGGUAGGAAAAAAGAGAGAAGGCAUUGGCUUUUUGGAACUACAUAGUUAAACUCUAUUUGGGAGGGGAGGACUGAAAGUGUUAAAGGAAUGGAUUUGCUUUUGGGAAUUGGUUAAAAAAUAAUGAUGGGUUGGUGUUUUAUGUACAAUGCAUAUAUUUUAUGUGCAAUUAUUGAGUAGAGUUGACAGUAUACACCUGCUCCCAUGGGAGGGUCUCAAAGUUGGAAGGUGAAUUAAUAGUUGUCUGAAGCAGGCACAAUGAAAUUCAUAUAUAUGAUAAGUGAGUCUGAAUUCUACAUCACUGUAUAGGGUUGCGUUUGUGUACAUUUCAUCAUUCAUCAACACUGCAUGGACCAUAAAAAAGAUGGGCAACCUUUUGAGAUUUUUUGAGGUGAAAUCAUGGCAUCUAUUUUUCAUUUUUCACCAGUUCACAUUUGAAAAAUUGUCCAUAUCUAUAGAUUAGAAAUAUGAGGUUUUCUUGUGAGGCUUGACUGCUUCGGUUCUCUAGUAUCUGUAAUUUGCCCAUUUGGGCCAUCUAAUGCAAAUCUAGUUUGAUUGUUUAAAAAAAAUGGUUAUAUAGAUUGAGAACCUUUACUCAGUUGGAAUACUAUCUAAAUCCACAAAAUGAGCAAUUUUAAAAUUGAAAGGUUUUGUAAAAGGGUGACUUUCUCUUUGUGUGCAUGUGUUGUGUGUGCAGGUUUACAUAAUCUUUUGUAAAUUCUAUAAUCUCGUUGAAAUGCAUGUUUUCAUAAGACAUGGUACACCAUUUAUUAGUUUUUUUUUCCUAGCUUUACACUUCUCAGACUUGUUAUGUCAGAUUUUGAAUAUGAUGGUUCUAUUUGGUAUAAAUUGUACGCAUGACAUGUCUAGGCUAAAUGAAUAUUGUGGGGCAUGCAUAGAAUUCCUGCUUUCUUCAUUUUACUUUUCAUUAAACUCAGCCUGCCAAGCAUAUGCAUUAAAACAUGAAUUAUGACUCCUACCAAAAGUUGGCUUCUUAAAGGGCAUUACAAAUGAGGAAUCAUUUUAUUUUAUUUUAUUUUUGUAUUCCACUAUCAAACCAAAUAAUACGACUCUAUUGACAGUCAUGCUUUACUUGCUUUGCCUCUUACUCUCUCAGUUCAAUGAAAUAAGAAGUUAUGUUCUAUUUUCAUUUCAUAAGUCUAGAACAUAUGCUCUAAACUUUUGCAUGUAACUAGAAGCUUAAGUUGAUGUUCUCUACCAAGUGCUUGGCAUUGGCAUUGCAGGCAAGAAAGUUAGGCUGAUUUCUCAGAGAACAAUUCUCUAACACUCUUCUUGCUGUUCUCCAACCAAUAUUUCUGAAUCUGAUCAAAUGCCGAGGUCAAGGGGUUCUGAAAUGCCUCAAAGGCAGUCACCUCGAGGUCCACAUCCACUUAGGACAUCUAGCUCAGAGUCAGAUCCACUGCAUCAUCGACCAAUCACUGAGCGAAGCCCCAAGCUGGGAGACCGUCGCUCCCCACGAGGCCCCCCUCCUGACUCAUUGAACCAAAAGAAACUAGGCACCCGUAUUGCAGAUUUAGAAUCCCAACUUGGCCAAGCACAGGAAGAGUUGAAGAUUCUGAAAGGUCAAUUAGCUUCUGCUGAAGCCGCAAAGAAAGAAGCUCAACAAGAAUUAGAAAAGAAAACAAAGAAACCGACUAUUCCAGAGCCUGAGGAAAUUCAAGAGAAACAUCCUCCAAUGGAAAUCAGGGAUUUUGAUAAGGCAGAGGACAAUGUUGCGGAUGAAGUGUCUGAUGACAAUCUGCAGGAAACUGAUGUUUUUGAAGUUCCAGUAGAAAAAGAGGCUGUUGAGGCCAAGGUUGAACCUGGCCACCUGAUUGAUCAGGUGGAAAAAGGAAACUGUGCUACUAAAAUUACAACUGAAAUACUGGCAAUUUCAGAGCCAGUAAAGCCAUCAUUCCAUGAGUUGGCUUUAAAAGAUGAUGAGAUAAAUAUGCUGAAAGCCAAGUUAGAAAAGAAAGAAAAUGAAUUGGAUGCAUUUGGUAAAGAGAAUGAGAAUUUGAAGAAUCUAUUGAAUGAAGCAACUUCAAAUGUUUCAUCCACUAAAACAAAGGAAGAGGAAAUGUCCAUGAGGCUAAACCAACUGGGAGAGGAGCUAAAACAAAGUAAAUCAAAUGAAGCUGAUUUGAAGGAGAAGCUGGAAUCCGCAGAAGGAGCAAAAGAAGCCUUGGAAGCAGAGAUAAAGAAGAUGAGAGUGCAGACUGAGCAGUGGAGAAAAGCAGCAGAUGCAGCAGCAGCAGUGCUGGCUGGAGCAGUGGAGAUGAAUGGUAGGAUUACCGAGAGGUGUGGAUCCAUGGAUAAGCACUUUGGUGGCGUAUUUGGAACUACAGGUGGUGGUGGUGGUGGGUACACUGGUUUUGUGGGAUCACCGGGAAUAGCUGAUGACUUGGAUGAUGGUUUUGGAAGUGGAAAAAGGAAGGGCUCUGGCAUUAAAAUGUUUGGAGACUUGUGGAAAAAGAAGAGCCAGAAAUAAAGAUAUAACACAACAACCUCUUGUUGUUAUCUAUGUUUUGUAGGCAUUAUUCAUGUCUUCUGCACUGUUUACGUAAUGUAUGUAAGCUCAUGUUAUAUUCACCUUUGACCUUUCUAGGGAUGAUCUUAAUAUAUUCUGCUUUGAUCUUAA